UUGUGAAAAACAAAUUCCAGUAAAAAAAGGUAAGAGCAAUAAGAUACGGGAAACACAAAUUGGCGUUGAAAAUAGAGUUACAGCAAAAUGUUAUCGUCUUCAGUGAUGCUUCGCCGAUUCUACUGCCUCGGCACCGCCGCCUCUUCUCCCGCCACUUCUUCUCACAAGAAGCGCCUCGUCUACUUGGGCUCUCCUCAAGUUUCCGCUUCCGGUCUUGAUGCCCUUUUCACUGCCUCCUCCGCACCAGAUUCCUCAUUUGAGAUUACGGCAAUUGUCACCCAGCCACCAUCUGCUAGAGACAGGGGUAGAAAGGUGAUGCCUUCUCCAGUUGCACAACAUGCUCUCGACAGAGGUUUCCCGUCUGAUUUGAUCUUCACCCCGAUAAAAGCUGGUGAGGAAUCAUUUCUUAGCAGCUUUAAGGCUUUGGAACCUGAACUUUGCAUCACUGCUGCAUAUGGGAAUAUCUUGCCCACCAAAUUCCUUAAUAUUCCGUCUAUGGGGACUGUCAACGUACACCCUAGCUUGCUUCCUCUAUAUCGUGGAGCAGCACCUGUUCAGAGGGCUUUACAGGAUGGUGUGCGAGAAACUGGGGUUUCAUUAGCAUACACGGUGCGCCAACUGGAUGCUGGCCCUGUUAUUGCUUUUGAAAAAAUGGAAAUUGAUGAUAAAAUAAAGGUAUGCAGAGCAUGUCCUCUCAAAUAUUUGACCAAAAGAACUGUGUACCCAUUCAAUUUGCUUUCAUAUAAGCUCUCUGAAAUAUUUUUGCAGGCACCAGAGCUGUUGGAGUUUCUGUUUUCUCAAGGAUCUAAACUUCUGAUCAGUGAACUUCCAUCAAUACUCGAUGGUUCUGCCAAAACUAAAGCUACCCCACAAGAUGAAUCUAAAGCUACAUUGGCUCCAAAGAUAACUCAAGAAGAAUCAUAUCUUUCUUUUGAUCAAAAAGCUACAGUCCUUCACAACAAGGUUCGUGCAUUUUCAGGUUGGCCAGGAACUCGAGCCAAAGUUUUGGUGAUUGAUCCAAAAAAUGAUAAACCGAACACCAUAGACCUUAAGAUCAUAACUACAAGAGUUCAUGACAAUAAUGAGAUUCGGAAUGGUGAAAAAGAUGAUAUCAUCUUUGUAAAAGGCUCAUUGAUAUUCCCAUGUGGUGAUGGAACAGCACUUGAGGUGUUGGAGGUUCAAUUGCCUGGUAAGAAAGUCGUAAAUGCUGCCGCAUUUUGGAAUGGUUUGAGAGGCCAAAAACUGAAAAAGUUAUGAUCACUGUCAAGUCAUUAAAGGUACACCAUGACAAGUCUCUACUUCUUCACAUUCUUUCCAUCUUCUCAAUUCCUUCUUUCCAGUUUAGUUGAGGAUGCUAAUGCUUAGUCUUGAAACCGAGUUACAGAAACUAUCGAUUUAGUUUGAUCGAACCAUCCUUGUUUCUCGAGCUUUACAUUGUUUGUAUGAUUAAAAAUAAGCUAGAAUUGCAACUGUUAAUCAUUUACUGCUUAAUCA